CUGUUUCGGAGAACACGUGGCCAGUGUUCUGCUCGCUGGUUGGUCGAUCGCUCCCGGAAGAACGGGGAGGGCGGAAGUGCCGUGUGGUGGCCGUCGCCAUGGCUACAGCGACGGACCAGGCGGUCGGGUUCGGUUUGGUGGCCUUCAGCCUCGUGCUGUUCGUGUACUACACGCUGUGGAUCAUCGUGCUGCCCUUCAUUGACAGUGAGCACAGCAUCCACCAAUACUUCUUGCCCAGGGAGUACGCCGUUAUCAUCCCCGUGGUGGCUGGGCUGCUGCUGCUGCUAUUUAUAGGUGUUUUUAUAAUGGUUGUGAUGUGGAAGAGCAGAAAACCUGCCCGGAAAUCAGACUGAAGGCCCAGCUGAGAGAUGGAGAGAAGGCCCCCAGCCUGCAGCACCAAGCAGCCUCCUCCUCCAGAGCACUCAAAGCAGCAGCAGUGCCAAGUGGCUGCUCUUUCUCCCACAUUCCUUCCUCAAAAGACACAGACUUGUGUAGUUUACAACUUACAGACUAAAGGGAAGCAAAUCUGACCCGUGGGACUCACCAGGAGAGGGACCAGAGCUCCAGCUGGACAAAUGUGCACCCCAGCUGAGACUACGUGCAGCAGCUUUGCUGGGCUGGGAUCCAGCAGCUCUAAUUGCAGAGUGUGAGUUCAGUUCUGGCCCCCAGCAGCUGCUCGGCCUCUGGAUACUCUUUCCCCUCUUUGCUGCAUACGGUAGUUUAUUCCUUCUGGGAUUUUCUUUUAAACUGGAAGAGCUAAUGAUGGUGCUGUGAGCUCUCGUUUCUGAUGAGGGCCCUGUGAGCUGCACCCACCUCCCCUCCUACAGUCACCCCACUGAGGAUGCAGCAUGACCUGGGUGGCAGAGGAAGCAUUUAGCUCCCUUACCAAUGAAUGUCAGCUGCAGUCUGGGCUCCUGCCUGCACUGGGUCAGCCCUGAGCUCCUGGUGGCUAUAGUGAGCUGCAUUCAUCCUCAAUAAAGUUCUCUGAGCUCUU